UCCGGCCCUUUAAGAAGCAGUUCCUCUGUCUGGCUCCAGGGGGCGCAUGAUCUUUGUGUUGCUGUUCUUCUCUGCUGUUUGUAGCGGAGCAGCAGUGCUGGAUUGCCCGGGAAGCGGGACGCAACGUCCUGCUCCGACAUGGAAGAGGGAUCAUGGAAGUUUAUUGGGGGAAAUCCUGUGUGUGUUAGGACUCAUUCGUGCUGAUUUGUAGCGGGACGGCUGUGGAGGUAUGGCUUGAUCGUUUGAGGACACUUUCGCGCACGUACAGCCCUUCUGAUCGCUUUCAAUCAGCGAUUUUAAAAGGCGGCAGCUGCUGCGUUCUGAAACAAUGUAACAUUCGCAUUAUGAUGUAAUGUUACAAUGUAACACAUUCGCAGUGCGACGUCGUGCAACAAUAGUUACAAAUCCGACCGUCCGCUAUGUUCCUUUCUUGAUGCUUUUAAACCGCGGAAGCUUCAUUAAACGACUCGAAUGGGGAAAUUUUCGCUCGUUUUGUCGUUUAUUUAACGCUUAGAACUAACCAAAAACGAGCGAGAUUCAUAAACGAAUCCUUCGGUGUGCUGGAAGUGGCCAUGAGCGCAUUUGGAGAUAUUCCUGAACAUCUCACGAUAUCAGUUCGAUCCCUGAAGUGUCCCGCAUGAAAUGUGGACUCUAGAUGGCAUGCACGAGGCCACUGCUGCUGUUGUGUUCAGAAAAGCCGUCCAUACAUCAUUCAUUUGAAGGAGUCCGGGAAAUAUGGCAGAGGAGAUAGAUAAGCCCUUGGCUGUGGACGUGGAUGUCGACAUAGACCCUGAUUUUGAGCCCCAAAAAAGGCCCAGGUCCUGCACCUGGCCUCUGCCCAGACCAGAGUCCAAUGGUGAGAAAGCAGAACCAGCAGAUGUGGGAAUCAUUCCUGAGGAAGAGGUAGAUGAAAAUGGCACUGACGAUGAUGCACAAGCAUCUAGUGGCAUUACAGGCUCAUCAAAGCCCGUCAGUGUGACAGAAGGAAACCAGGCUCGUGCUGCUGCUCCUGCUAUAGAAACCAGUGCUGCCAUCAGUGAUAAAGACUCCUACGGCUCUCCUCUAUCUUCCCAAAAUGCUCUGCCCGCAUGCAACGACUCCAGCAUAAACGGUCUGAUUCCUCAGCAGCCCAGAAAAUCCUCUGCCCGCAGGAACGCCUGGGGAAACUAUUCCUACGCGGAUCUCAUCACACAAGCCAUCGAGAGCUCGCCCGAGAAACGGCUGACAUUGGCCCAGAUUUAUGAUUGGAUGGUCCGGAAUGUGCCAUACUUCAAGGACAAAGGUGACAGCAACAGCUCUGCAGGAUGGAAGAACUCAAUACGACAUAACCUGUCACUCCACAGUCGCUUUGUCCGGGUCCAAAAUGAAGGAACAGGAAAAAGUUCAUGGUGGAUGGUUAACCCUGAUGGCGGAAAAGGGGGUAAAGCUCCACGAAGACGUGCUGUUUCAAUGGACAACAGUAAUAAGCUCAUCAAGAGCGCCCGUGGCCGUGCCGCAAAGAAGAAGGCUGCUCUUCAGGCCACUCAGGACGGAAGCUCUGAGAGUUCCUCCAGCCUGUCCAAAUGGACCGGCAGCCCGACCUCCCGCAGUAGCGACGAGCUUGACGCUUGGACGGAUUUCCGUUCCCGCACUAAUUCUAAUGCCAGCACCCUAAGCGGACGCCUUUCCCCAAUUCUGGCCAACCUUGAGGUGGAUGAAGUUCCCGAUGAUGACUCCCCACUGUCGCCCAUGCUGUACUCGAGCCCUAGUAGUAUGUCUCCAUCCACUGGACUAAUAGAACUACCCCGUCUAGCUGAUCUUGCAGGAACCAUGAACCUUAAUGAUGGCGUCUCCGACAACCUAAUGGACGACCUUCUAGAUAACAUCAGCCUGACAGCUUCCCAAUCUCCGAGCAAAGACGAGAGUGGGUCCAACCUACAGGGAAGCCCGGUGUUUACCUUCAGCUGCUCUGGGAGCAGUCUGGCAAUUCCCUCUGGCAGCUAUGGCACAAACUCCAUGUUUAGCCCUCCAUCCGUCACUGGUCUGAGGCAAUCUCCAAUGCAAACAAUCCAGGAAAACAAGCAGGCCACGUUCUCCUGCGGUUCCCUCUUUAGCGAUCAGAGUCUUCAGGACUUGCUUAGCUCAGAGUCCAACAAUCGCAGCGAUGUCCUUCUUACCCAAUCUGAUCCACUUAUGUCACAAGCCAGUGCCUCCCUUUCCUCCCAGAAUGCCCGUCGCAGUGUCCUGUUGCUGCGUAAUGACCCUAUGAUUUCCAACCUGGCUGGGCCUGUAGGACAAGUGGGGCUCAAGAAGGUGUCGCCAUCUGGAUGGCAGAUGAACUGUGUCUCGAGCAGUGAGUCAGACUACCAAAGCUUGAUGAAGCAACAUCUCCAACAGUCUCCCUUCAGAAGCACAUCUAUGCAGUUCAACUCGUCUGAUUCGUUGUUGGCAGGUCUCAACGGCAGCAUGACCUCCAUCCAGUCGGUGUCUCAGGACCAAUUCCCAUCUGACUUGGAUCUUGAGGUGUUAAGUGGCAGUUUCGAUUGCGACAUGGACGCCAUCACCCGCAACGAUCUGAUGGAUGCAGAGGGCCUGGAGUUCAGCUUCGAUUCGCAUCUCAUCUCUUCUCAGAAUGCUAACCUGACUUCAGGGAGCUUCUCCACUUCUAAACGAACCUCCUCCCAAAGCUGGGUGCCAGGUUGAUGCAGCCAGGCCCAGGAAUGUAGUGAAGAGGCCGAACUCUGCAUUUGAGCCAACUGUCCACUGUAAAGCAACUGUACAUUAUGCUGUAGAAAAGCUAUUUGACAUCUGUUGGAAUGAGUUUGAGUCAAUGUCAAUGAUUUACCCAGUCGGUGUUGUAGUUUUGUGGCUGUAUGUUUUGUAUCGUCAUGAUUGAGGCUGGCUUGAUGGACAUUGUGAAGAGUUUCAACACAUUUAACCUUGAAGUGCUUGCAGGUUAUUCUAAAUGCCAAUGACUAGGUAUUGAACUGAACCUGCUGGAAUACAGUAAGUGGAGUACCGUAGAGGGUAAAUUGUUUAUGCGUAUAUGAAGGCUUGGCCAACAGUACUUCCCUUAGUCCAUCUAGAAUACAAAAUUUGAAAGCAUUUAGGAGUGUGGAAAGAGUGGAGUCAGUUUGAAAGCUUGAAAUCUUGAAUACUCAUUAAUAAAGUGGUCUCUAUGACAAGUGGAGCACUGUGGAGAGAAGGUUGUCAAAAUAUAAAGGUUUGGGCAGCUGUUCUUCCUUUAGUCCACUUAGAAUAUAAAAUCCCCAAAACUUACCAUUGCAUACAAAACCUACACACUAGAAAAACUAACUCUAAAUCAUUUGGGUAUGUGGAAGUCAGUUUUCUCAAGACGUGAUUGGUCAACUGGUCCCUACGAUAAGUGUAUGAUCAUAGAGUGAAGGUUUUCUAUAUAUGAAAGCAUGGGCAAUUUAACUUUCCUUGGUUCGUGUAGAAAAGAAAAAUUUCCCAAAUCCACCUCUGCGUACAGGGGUCUCUACAAACUAGAGAAGUCUGUCAUUAAAGCAAUUGGGAAUGUGGAAAGAGUCGCUCAGUCAGAACACCAACUGAUAAUCUUGAAUUUGUAUUGGUCAGCUGGUACCUAAAUGGAGGAUCAUAGAGAGAAGAUCACAAGUGAACCUCCUUUGGUUAAUCUAGAAAAACGAAACCCCUAAAACCCACCACUGCAUAUGAGGGUGCCUACACCGUAAGAAUCUCUUAUGAAAGCAUUUGGGAGGGUGGAAAAAGUUGGGUCAGUUUGAAAACCAAGCAAGAAUUUGAGUUCCCAUUAGUCAAUGUACUUAUGACAGAUUGCACUGCAGACAGUUAAAAUAUUGUCAAUUUAUGGUGGUCAAAUUGGCAAAUCCUUUGCAUUUGCUUCGACGUUAUUGUAAUACUUUAUCCCCAUUGAAAUCAAGUAAACUCUAGUCUGUAGGUGCCCUUAGGUUGUUGUAGUUUCUUGUAAUUGUGAUUGAGAUUAAUAGAUUUCUAGUCCUCGAAACAAAAUACUAGCCUUUUGCCAAACUAGUCCUCAGGACAAUUGAAGAAAUGGCCUGUUUACAACACAAACCUUUUGAGAAUGUUUCUGUUGUCCGAAAAAAAAAACGGCCAUGAAAAAUCCAUCUUUUUCUCCAACUUUCUUUUCUUCGUGAAACUGAAAAAGGGAAGAGGUUGUGAUUUUGUGAAACCAGUGAACAUGAUGUAUCCUUGACUCCUUUUACAGAAAAGUGAACUAUGAUAUAAUGAUAAGCUAUAUAUUUAGUGUUCUGCUGUAUGAAACUAACUUCUCAGUGUUUCCCAUGGAUUUCGUAACACAACCUGUGCAUUUAUCUUUCUCAGAAUUCUUGAACCUGAGAAUCUCCGUCACCUCUAUGCUGUGUUCAUUUAUGAAGUCAACCAUCAACUAGUAGAUUAUGAGCUAUAUAGUCGUAUUUCUGUUUGUAUACACACAAACACACACACACACACAGGACCUCAUUCAUGAUGUCAUUGUUGUAUAAAUUGUUUGUAAAAUCAAUGGUUUUAUGAACAAUUUACACAUCUUUAAACAGUUCUUAAAUGGUUGCAUUUGAUUCUAUUUAGUGUUUUUGUGCAUUUACUGUACAUUGACAUGCAUGCAACCAUAUACACAAGAAUGGCUUUACAAAAUUCUCUGCAAACCAUUAAUUUCUGUUGUGCUUGUAUUUCAUGAAUGAGGCCCGUAGUGCUUAUGUGUAUAUGUGCUGUGCACUUAAUAUGUAUGUGUGUGUCUCUAUACACAAAAAUAUUGGAUUCAUUCUAGAGAUAAGGUAUAUUAACAGUUACAAAUUCUGGAGUGCUAAUUAAGGACCACUAGAUGUUUGUAAAUUUGUAGCAGGGAAAAAAAAUUAAGCUAAAGAGCAUUUGGUGCUAAGUGAAAUUGUGUCGGGUCAGUUCAUAAGGAUGACAUGUCACAUUCUUAGCAUUUAUGUGUAUAUUUCUACACAAUGGCUGGUACUAAUAGAAAGUGCGUAUCAGUUGUGAUGCCAGUGUGCUUUAAGCAUCCUAAUAGUUUUAAAAUGAAAGGCAGCCACAUUGUAGUUUUACAGCCUGUACGGAUAAGCUAUGUGACAGCACCUAUGUUGUACUGUAUUUCAUUGUUGAGCUUGAACAUGCCAGACAUCCAAAUUCAAGGCUGAUGAGAAAUAAUGCAACUACUCAGUAGUGCCAUUCAGGGACAUCUUGCAGAUGUUUCAGUAGUUACACAUAAUUUUGUUUUAACAUCAGUCGAAUGUACGUUUUCUUAAGUUCAGCUUCACAUCCAAAAUGUUCAUAAGCUUCUUAAGCACUGAUUUUUUAUAAUCUGCUUUUGAUAAUCAGCUGGAGUCACAGAAUUUAAGGCGACUAUAAAAAGUUGAUUGUGUUGUUUACUUAGUUUUAAAUUGUGUAAUACAUUUUCAGCAUCAUAAUUUGCUUCCUUCACAUGCUUUUAAUUCUGAUAUUUUUCAUGUUGUUUUGGGUAGGAUAAUUGUACUUCUCAAAAGAACUGCUACAAUCUUCAUUCAUUUUGAAGUUUAAUUGUAAAGAGGGAAUUAACAAAUUGAGAACGUUAUCUGCUUGUGUACCACCUUUCACCACAAUUGGCUGUUAGUUACUAUCCACUCAGUGUUUGCUUGACUUUACCGGUGUAUUUCAAUUUUGGAUAAUGUAAACCAGGUAGUGCAAGGCAAGGUGCAUGUAAAUAAAGCUUGUACAACACAA